AUGUAAUUCAGAAAAAUUUUUUAAUUCUCAACUCUUUCCAAGUAAUUAAUCUAAGACACUGAGAGAUAUUACUAUCUCAAUCAAUAGUCGACUCGUAAUCAAAUGUUUUUUGAAUAAUUUCAACAACACAAGCAAAAUUAUUUUAAUACAUUACUUACAUGUGAUCUUAAAUAAAUUAGUAAUUGGAGAAUGCUCAUUUAAAAUCUUUUCAGGAUUGAGACAGAACCCAAUGAUCUUAUGAAGUAAAUCAUUAAGAGAUAUUCAGAGUUGUAUGGAAUUGAAGACUUGCUUAAAAUUAAUAAUUACAAAUUAACUUAAUUAUUAAUUAAUCAUCACAAUAUUUACGAUGUUCCAAUCAAUUUAUUAAAAUGUGAUGGAAUUGCCUAAAUAAUCGAACAAUAUGAACUUUCCCUUACUGUGUAUCGAGAUAUCUAAUUGAACAAGCUUUUCAAACAUUUAAUACUCUGCUAAAAACUCAACUUGCAAGUCAUCCCUAUUCACACAUUCAAUUUAGUUCAUUACAAUAUUGAAUAAUCUUAAGAACUCGAAUUCUUAAACGAUUUGGUCCUAUAUCAAAGAUCCAAAAGAUCUUAAACCAAUAAACUACCUAAUGAAACUUGGAGUCUAGUCUUCAAUCGCAUUCUCUCGUCGAGACUCGAUGAAUCACGUCUUUUGUAUACUUGCUAAUUACUAUAAUAAUUUGCGCACUAAAAAAUCAACAUCAAAUUUGAUCUUAUGAAUUUGCUUAAGCAUGUCGUUGAUGAAUUUAGAAUGCUCCCAAAAAGAUAAGCCACGUUAUUGGAAAUAAUACGAACUAUCAAUAUUUUAAAAGCCAAUAAAUAUGAUAUUGCAGAGUUAAAGGAACUUCGCAAAAUCUGUGCUAAAGAACCUUAAUUACAAGGAGAUAAAGAAUAUGAUUUAUAUAUGAAUCUUGAACAUUAAACCUAGAGUAUUGAAUUGAUUGACAAUCAAAAUCUAAAUGCCUACCUAACUGAGAUUCUUUUAGGCGAUGUAUAAAAACUUGGAGAGAUUCAAAAAACUGAUUUAAGAGAAAAAAUUUUAAAUAAAUUAUAAACAGAAACUGAUGAAAAUUCAUUGAAGAAAAUUAUUGUAGUUAGUAGAUAAUUGUGGCCAACUGAAAUUUCUAUUGUUUAAAGAUGUGCUAAAUAGAUCAGAAAUCUAUUGGCAAAUAAUGAUUAAACAAAAGAAAUGAUUUCCUUAGCAAUAAAUUCUUUGUAUGAAUUCAAAAGAAUACAAUACCCCUUUUUAGACGAUUAACUCAUAAAUUAUUUAGCUAGCGUUGAUGAUUUAUACAUAAGUCCACAAGAAAUCAGUGUACUUUUAUAUUAUAUUUGUUUGUCUUUGCCAAAGCUGACAAAAAAAGAACUAACACGUGUUAAUUAAAGAGAAUACCCAAUUAAUGAAAAUCUAAGUAAGAUCUUAAUUAAUUUAUUGCCUGUGAUAAAAAAAAUGUGUUCAAAAAAUGCCUUAAGAUUAAAAGUAAUAUAUACUCUUACAGAUUGUAUUUGUAAAUACAAAGAAUAGCUAGUUGAUGUUGACUUGAAAUUUUUAUUUGAAAAGAUAGAGUUUAAUCUAGUAAAGGAAUUGGAGUUAAAACAACAAUGCAGAGUAGCAGUAGAAUAAAAAGAUAUAUAAUUUUUACACGAAAGAUUUAGAUAUUUAAAGGUUGGAUCUAGAAAAUUAUUAAGAUUCUUUGAUGAUGCAAAAUCAAAUUACUUUGGAGCGCUAUAAAAAUUGCUGCAAAGAUAAAGAGUAUAUUUGAGAAUGAGACAAUCUAGAGGAAAAUCUAUUAGAGCAUAAAGAUCCUUUUGA